AGUGCUAGCAAUGAGUAUGAGUAUGUACAUGCGAAGUGAAUUCAAGACUCGGUAACUUGAGGUCAGUGUCAACUGAACAAUCAGAGUUCACUCAUCAUUUUAAAUCAUUGCUCUAGUUUUUGAAGUAAAAUUUUUCGCACCAGUGAAAAUAAUAAAUGAGAAAUGGCGGAAAACAUUGCGAAUUUAAAUGAAAUAAAGAGUCAAGCGCUUAAUGCAUUUUUAAAUGAAUUCGGCGAAGAAGCAACUCACUGUGUAUGUGCACCCGGUCGUGUCAAUGUCAUCGGAGAACAUACCGAUUACAACGAAGGGUUCGUCCUACCCAUGGCGCUUCCAAUGGUUACGGUAAUUGCAGGAAAGCCCAAUGCGACGAAGAUCUGCACUAUUAUAUCUGCUAGUUCUGCGGUGACAAGUGUCAGCAAAGCUCAAUUCGAUAUUAGUGAUCGAUCGGCAAUUAAACCUGGCGAUCCAAAAUGGGCGAAUUACGUGAAAGGCUGCGUUGUGAAUUUUCCAAAUUCGUUGACAGGCUUCAAUGCUGUGGUGACAUCGAGUGUACCAGUAGGUGCCGGAUUGAGUAGCUCGGCGGCACUGGAAGUAGCAACAUUCACUUUUCUAGAGGCUAUAACCAAUCAACCGGUUGCUGAUCCCGUGGAGAAGGCGAUAUUAUGUCAGAAAGCUGAACAUGAUUUUGCUGGUGUACCCUGUGGUAUAAUGGAUCAAUUUAUAUCAGUCAUGGGAAAAGAGGGACACGCCCUUUUACUCGAUUGUCGUGAUAAAUCUGUCGUUCAAAUAUUUAUGGAAAAUCUAACGAAUUAUGUAUUUCUUAUAACGAACUCUAAUGCACCUCAUAAAUUAUCAUCGAGUGCGUACCGCGAGCGGAGAGAUGCUUGCUUCGAGGCAGCUAAAAUUUUGGGGAAGAAGAGUCUUCGAGAUGUAUCGUUGGAGGAGAUUGAGACUUUGGAGAAGAGAGGUGCGUCGAAGGUGAUGUUGAAUCGUGUUCGCCAUGUGCUCAAUGAAAAUUUGAGGACUCGAGCCGCAAUGGAAGCAUUGCAAGCUGGAGAUUAUGAACGAGUUGGUGAUUUAAUGAAUGCCAGUCAUGAUUCACUGCGCGACAAUUAUGAGGUAUCGUCUCCGGAAUUAGACACUCUUGUUAAUUCUGCUAGAAGUGUUGAAGGGGUUCUUGGGAGUCGUUUAACCGGCGCUGGAUUCGGCGGUUGUACUAUCACUCUUCUGAAAGAACAGAGUGUAUCGCAGGUCAUCGAUAAAAUUAAACAAACAUACACGGGUAAUGCGAAUUUUUAUAUCGCCAAGCCUUCAGCUGGAGCAAGACAAUUGGAUUGUCGCUGAUUUAUUUUGGAAAUUGAAACGUGCUCUCAUUAUCCCAAUACUGAUUAUUUAUCACAGAUGCAUGUAUAGUGGAGAAUUGUUGACGCACUGUCUCGGGAUCACAGGUGAUGUGUAAUAAAUUUUGAAUUUUGGCAUUUGGGGAUGCAUCCUAGAUUUAUGG